AGAAAAAAAAAAAUAUUAAAAAAUAAGCAUGGAUGUCUCGAAAUUUUUCGUAAUCAUGCGACGAUAUCGACUCGGAUCAGUCCGGUUGUCGACUGCUGGAAUUAGGCAUUAUGGCCAGAAGAUGGUAGAAGGAGUACAUCUCCAGUACGUCAGCUACAGAUUGCCGCACAACCAUCAGAUGUCUCCGCCCAUUAUCGUAAUGCACGGUCUGGCCCAGACACUGAGCUCCUGGCGGCGCGUGUCCCGCAAUCUGUGCAGCAAGGGGCCUCGUCGGGUGAUCACGGUGAGUGCCAGAAACCACGGAGCAAGCGCCCGUACGGAGGCACACACGCCCCGGGACAUGGCAUCCGAUAUCUUAACCCUGAUGCGUCGCCUAGGCCUGACUCGGAUCGUUGCUCUGGGCCACGGCAUGGGUGGUAGGGCGAUGAUGACCCUAGCUUUGGAGCAACCUCUCCUCGUCGAACGAGUCAUUGCGGUGGAUGUCACACCGGGUCCGGUGCCAGAGAGUUGGUAUUUAAGCAGGAAGAGGUUCGAGCUGAUGUCGCAGAUCGCCCCCACAAUUCCGGGUCAUCUCACUCUUCACGAGGGUCGCGUCUUCGUGCUGAAUAAGGUGAAGCACCUCAUAACGAACCGUAAUGAGAUUCUGACGAUUCUUCAAAAUCUGCGCAAACCGACUGAUAACAGUUUCGCCUGGUCGAUGAAUGCCCAGGCGGUGCUGAACUCCUGGAAGGAUCUGGUCACCCACUACGAGGACACCUUGAAGGGCCUGAAGCCGUACACAGGCCAGGUGCUUCUCAUAGGCGGUUCUCAGUCGGGAUUCGUCACCAGCUCAACUAUCGAUAUAAUGAAGAAAUACUUUCCCAAUACGACGGUCAAGUCCCUGGACACAGGCCACCAGGUGUACAAGGAGCAGCCGGAUCAGUUCGUUCAACUGGUGGUGAACUUUACGCGGUAAUGCUCACCGUGUAAUUGAUAGUUGGCUUAACUAUAGGACAUGGACUUUAAAUUGCUUGAAGCUUUGGCAGUUGGCUGAAAUUUCAGCACUCAAUAUACUCGCCCGAUAAUUGCGCUGUCAGCACAAUGGAUGCUGCAAAAAGGGUGAAUGGCUGAAAGUAACAGACAGCUGGAUUUGCGGGAUUAGGACCAGGACUGGCGCCCACAAAAAGGAGCAAAGGCCCGAGCAGCCGAAAAUCGUUGCCCCAUCAACUUGGCAGCCAGUCGAAUCGAUACCUGGCACUCUCAGGUGCAGAGAAGUGCUCCAGCACACAAAGGUCCUCCACCAUUUUUGCCAAUAAAGUAGCACAAGGUGAGGCCAAAUGCGGCACAAUGCGAUACAAUUUAGAUUU